GGUUUUGGAUAACAUAACUCGCACACUCUUCAACAUCACCCUGCUCCACAAACACACUUACACACCAUUAUCAUCUCAAAUGGAAGCUCACUCUCUCUUAACCAACCCAUCUCUCUCUCGCCUCAAACUCUCCCACAAGCUCAUCCCCCUCCCACUCUCUCUCCCCCCAAAUCUCCACCACCGUCGCACUCCUCACCCUCUCCGUCUCAGCCUCUCUGUCGAUAACCAAUCCCCCUCCUCUCAACUCACCUUCCAAGACUACAAUGAGGAAGAAACCUACGGGGAAGUCAAAAAAAUCAUCGGGAGCCGAGCCGUGUCGAACACUAUGGAGUACCUAAUCGAGUGGAAAGACGAUCAUGCCCCUACCUGGGUCCCGUCCGAAUUCAUCGCGAAAGAUGUGGUCGCCGAGUUCGAUUCUCCCUGGUGGGAAGCCGCCAAGAAAGGCGAUGACUCGGCUCUGGCUCGGCUCAUCGAAGCCGAGGACGAGAGAGAUGUCGACGCGAUUGAUGUUAACGGUCGUACCGCUUUGAUAUUCGUCUCGGGGCUCGGCGCGGAGCCGUGCGUGAAGAUAUUAGCCGAAGCCGGAGCCGACUUGGACCGCAAGGACACAAGCGGCGGCUUCACGGCUCUACAUAUGGCAGCCGGGUACGUGAAGCCAAACGUGGCCAAAUUACUAAUCGAUUAUGGCGCGGAUCCCGAGGUCGAAGAUGACAGGAAACGUACGCCGUUGGAUUUGGCGCGAGAGGUUUUAAAAGCAACUCCGCCCAUGCAAUUUGCGCGAAGAUUAGGGUUAGAGAACGUGAUUAAGGUACUCGAAGGGGCGAUAUUCGAAUACGCGGAGGUGCAGGAGAUCAUAGAGAAGAGAGGCAGAGAUGAUAAGGUGGAGUAUCUGGUGAAAUGGAUGGACGGUGGAGAUAAUGAGUGGGUGAAAGGGGAGAUGAUUAGUGAGGAUUUGGUAAGGGAUUUUGAGCAAGGGUUGGAGUAUGGUGUGGUGGAGUGUAUAUUAGAGUGCAGAGAAGGUGAGAGUGGAGUGAGAGAGUAUUUGGUGAAAUGGAUGGAUAUUGAUGAGGCCACCUGGGAGCCUGCGGAGAAUGUUGAUUCUGAUUUGAUUAAAGAGUUUGAGGUUGUAGCAGAGUCGUGAGAUUUUGUUUGUUUAGGUUUUGUUAUCACUUUGAUAUAAAGUUUCAUUCUUGAUACUGAGUAUAUUGCAAUUCUGUCCA